GAAGAAGGAUUGUGUUUGCCGUUUAUUUCUGUGGAUAUUUAGUGGAAGGAUAUUUAGAAGAUCGUGAAAGUUUUUUUUUAUUAAUUUUUGUGAAAAUUAUUUUAUUAAAUGCUGUUUCACAAUUUAUUUUCAGAAAGUUGAUAUUAUUAGUGUGGAAAUCAAGUUAUUAGCAUUCUAUUUAUUCAGAAAAUGUCUGGGGAUACACACAAGCAUCGAUAUAAGAUUGUGGGGGUUGACUCACAAGAGCUACGAAGGAGACGGGAAGAAGAAGGCGUUCAAAUAAGAAAAUUGAAGAGAGAACAGCAGUUAUCCAAAAGAAGAAAUGUUGCUGCUUCAAUGGAAGAUGACCCUGAUUUGCCUAAUCUGGAAUGUGAUAUAGAACCUAUAAUGGAAAGCUCAGGAAUAACGCCUGAUAUGGUCCAAGCUCUUUAUAAUGGAAAUUUAGAGGAACAAUUACAAGCAACACAUAAAUUUAGGAAACUUUUAUCUAGAGAACCAAAUCCUCCAAUUGAGGAUGUUAUUCGCACUGGAAUUGUACCAAAGUUUGUAGAAUUUCUGAGAACUUCACCUGCUCCAACUCUUCAGUUUGAGGCAGCUUGGGCGCUGACCAAUAUUGCAUCUGGUACAUCCCAGCAAACACGAAUGGUAGUUGAUGCAGGUGCAGUGCCAGUUUUCAUUUCCUUAUUAGGUAGUGAUCAUCCUGAUGUUCAAGAACAGGCAAUAUGGGCUCUCGGAAACAUUGCUGGUGAUUCUCCUGAAUGUAGAGAUCAUGUUCUGGACUCUGGUAUUCUUGUUCCUUUAUUGCAGUUAUUAUCAAACUCAAAUCGACUUUCAAUGGUGAGAAAUGCAGUUUGGGCAAUGUCAAAUCUUUGUAGAAGUAAAAAUCCUCCUCCACAAUUUAAUAAGAUUUCUCCAGCACUACCAAUAUUAUCUAGAUUAUUAUUUCACACUGAUGCUGACGUAUUGAGCGAUACAUGCUGGGCUAUAAGUUACUUAUCAGAUGGACCCAAUGACAAGAUACAAGCAGUAAUUGACGCUGGAAUAUGCCGAAGGCUUGUAGAGCUGUUAACCCAUUCACAACACAAUGUGGUAUCAGCAGCUUUAAGGGCUGUGGGAAAUAUAGUAACUGGAGAUGAUUUGCAAACUCAAGUUAUUUUAAAUUGUUCAGCUUUACCUUGCUUACUUGGAUUGCUUGGCUCUCAAAAAGAAUCGAUUAGGAAAGAAGCUUGUUGGACUAUUUCUAAUAUAACUGCUGGAAAUCGAGAGCAAAUACAGGCUGUUAUAGAUGCAAAUAUAUUCCCUGUACUUAUUGAUAUAUUAGUUAAAGCAGAAUAUAAAACAAGAAAGGAAGCAGCAUGGGCUAUAACAAAUGCAACAAGUGGUGGCACACAUGAGCAAAUCAACUAUCUUGUGAAGCAAAACUGUAUACCACCCAUGUGUGAUUUAUUAACAGUUAUGGACCCCAAGAUUGUUCAAGUUGCUCUGAAUGGCUUGGAAAAUAUUUUACGAGCAGGAAGUCAGGAUGGUGUCAAUACAUAUGCUGUUUUUGUAGAAGAAUGCUAUGGUUUAGACAAAAUAGAAUUUCUUCAAUCUCAUGCUAAUAUGGAAAUCUAUCAGAAAGCAUUUGACAUUAUUGAGCACUACUUUGGAAGUGAGGAAGAGGAUGCUCGAAUUGCACCUGCUGUCAAUCCUCAACAAAAUCAAUUUGAGUUUAAAUUAGACUCUUGGCAAGAUGGUGGAUUGGAUUUUUAAAAUUUGAUAAAUUAUAGUUUCUGACAAAAGAUAUUUAGGUAUUCUUAAUUUUUCUGCAAACAAAAUAUGUAUAAAUUGCAACAUGGUCUAUUUUAUAGGAAAGAAAAACUGCAUAUAAUAUAUUUUU